UUUUAGGGUUCCUCGAAGGUCUUGCAGGGAUGGGGAAGGCGAAGAAGGGGAAGCACCGCUUGGAUCGCUUCUACUACCUCGCCAAGGAGCAGGGCUACCGCUCCCGUGCCGCAUUCAAGCUCGUGCAGCUCGAUCGCAAGUAUGGCUUCCUCAGCUCGGCGCACUCGGUGCUGGAUUUGUGCGCGGCGCCCGGGGGAUGGAUGCAGGUGGCCGUGGAGAAGAUGCCCGUGAGGUCUGUGGUAAUCGGCGUGGAUCUGGUGCCGAUUCGUCCCGUGAGAGGGGCGCUGUCGCUCCAGGGCGAUAUCACCACUCCAAAAUGCGCGUCGGAUAUUGGGAAGAUUCUCGACCAGAACGGGUUGAGGAUGGUCGAUGUUGUGCUCCACGAUGGCUCCCCCAAUGUGGGAGGUGCCUGGGCCAAAGAAGCCAUGACGCAGUCGUCUCUUGUCCUGGAUUCUUUGAAGUUGGCUACCAAGUUUCUGGCUCCCAAAGGAACGUUUGUCACCAAGGUUUUUCGAUCCCAAGAUUAUAACGCGCUGAAGUAUGCAUUUGAACAGCUGUUUGCCAAGGUGGAAGUCACGAAACCCAUAGCAAGUCGUUCGACAUCAGCUGAAAUAUACGUGGUUGGUCUCAAGUAUCUGGCACCCGUGAAAAUCGAUCCGCGUAACUUGGACCCUCGCUUUUUAUUUGAAGAGAUUCCUCAGCCCCCAAAGGUGAUCGACGUUCUUCGUAGUAGUAAACAGAAACGUCACCGCGAGGGAUACGAUGACGCAAACACUACUUUUCGUAAAGACUGCACGGCAGCAGACUUCGUCUGGUCCGAAAAACCUCUAGAGCUUCUUGGUAGCAUCACGUCUAUUUCGUUUGAGGAUCCGAAAAGUUCGCCAAUCAAAGACCACGCUGAAACAACUGACGAGAUAAAAGCAUUAUGCGAAGACCUUAGAGUUCUGGGGAAGAAAGAAUUCAAGCAACUUUUGAAGUGGUGCCUGCAUGUACGAAAAGCUCUUUCGAAAACGUCAGCUUCGGAGGAAACAGAGGGUGAUAAGGCUGCUGAAAAGGAUGACGACGAAAAAGAAGAUGAAGACGAGGAUAUGCUAAAGAAAAUGGAGGAGCUCAAGUCUCUAAUGGAUUCGAAAAGCAAGCAGGCGAAGAAGAAGGCUGCCAAGCGUAAACAGAAGCUAAACGCACGAAAUAGAACAGGGAUGCAAGUCGAUGUCUUGGGAGACACUUAUGGCGAGCGGGAUCUGUUCUCUUUGGGCUCAAUCAAGGCGAAGAAAAGCUUGGAUCGGGUGGAAGAUGCGGAUGACGACAUGUUGGACAGCGAUGACAAUGUGAAGGAUGAAACGAGUAAGCAGGACAUGGAGCGGAAGGAUGACGAAGACAAUGAUGUGGAUUCUGACGUCGAGCGCGAAAGAUACAACGACGAGCUGGAAUCUUUCCUCGAUCGUGCAUACGAACGCUACCGGAGCAAGACUGAAAGCAACACUGCACGGCGGAAACGCGCAAGAAUGGCUAACGCAGGAGACGAAAAGCUGUGGGAGGAGGACGUGGAAGAGAAUGCUUCUGAGGAAGAAGAAAACGAAGUAGAAGAAGAGGAGGAGGAGGAGGCCAAUCCUCUGGUCGUGUCGCUUCCCAAGGCCAAGCUCUCGAAGGAACAGAUUGCACAGCAAUGGUUCAGUCAAGACAUCUUCGCCGGUUUAGAUCAAACCCCGGAGACGGAUACCAACAAGGACAAGACUGCCAAGGACGCUCCUCCGAGCGAUGUCACGGUUGCGCCAGGAAAGCUCAAGAGAGCACGGGAAGACUUUGAGGUUGUAGCAGCCGAGCCGAGUGGUUCGUCCGACUCUUCCUCGGACGAAGAGGAGGACUACGACAGCGACGCCAAGGCAGAGAUCCUCACUUACGCCAAGAAGAUGCUGCGGAAGAAGGACAGAGACAGGAUCAUCGACGACGCCUACAACAAGUACAUGUUCGACGACGAGGGGCUCCCGGAAUGGUUCGCGGACGACGAGAAGCGGCACUGCAAGAUUCAGAAGCCAUUCACCAAGGAAGAGGUCCAGGCGAUGAGGGCGCAGUUUAGAGCGAUAGACGCCAGGCCCGUGAAGAAGGUUGCUGAGGCCAAGGCUCGCAAGAAGCGGAGGGUGAUGAAGAAAAUGGAGCAAGCACGAAGCAGAGCGGCGGCGAUUGCCGAUCAGCCGGACAUCUCGAACAAGUCCAAGAACAGGAUGAUGGACAAGGUUUACAAGAAAGCGGCGGCGACGACCAAUAAGCGUCCCAAGCGGGAGCUCGUUGUGGCGAAGAAGGGCGUGAGGGUCAAGGGUGGCAAAGGGAAGCUUGUGGUGGAUCGUCGCAUGAAGAAGGACUCACGAUCCCGAGGAAGUGGCAAGCCUGGCAAAGGCGGUGGAAAAGGUGGUAAGACGGGUGGCAAAGGUGCGAGCAAAGGCAAACGUGGCAAGCCUGCGAACAGAGGCAAAGGUGGCAAGCCUGCGAGCAAAGGCAAUGGUGGCGCCAAGCCCAGAAGAUGAUUAUAUUGUUUUACACUGAUGGCAAAUGGUGUUUUGUUAAAGUGAAAGGUUGUCACAGAAGCAAUUUAUUCUUUGAAUGCAUUCACACA